GAAAGCCAAAAAAAAAACCGAAGCCAGCCAGUCUAUAGUCGAGUACGUAAUAACGAGCGGAUAUAGCAGGCGCAACGAUCGCUAGCCUGCCUAUCCGCAAAGAAGAACACGGUGUGACGUAAACGGCGAUCUAAACAAGUAUCAGCUGUGCCGCAGUCAUUGUUCUCUGCUUCGCAUCAAAUUUUGAACAAGGGUGAAUCCCUUUCCCCAGGACUCGUAUCCAUCGAGUCGAACAACGGCGGAGAUAGCGGUAACGUCAGCGGUGAUUGGUUCAUCCACACGCGAAGAUACGCGAGAAGACGGGUGAACCACUCUUUUAGAGACACGACAAGUGGCGAGAGGGGAAAAAAAAGGGAAAAGGCUAAGGCUCAGGACUUUUUGCCCCCGUGCCUAUAACGCAACCGUGGCCGUGUGCGUGCCUUCGAAUUCUCAGUCCCCCACAGCUUUAGCUGCUAAGUCGUCAACAGUUACCCCGGGGGAUAAUAAUCGUGUGAAAAACGGGGCGGUACGCGCAUAAGCCUGGCCUCGAGCAGCGAGUCGGACGACGGUGGACUCGCUCCGCCACCGCGCAAAAGGUCCCGUAGUUCUCUAUCGGCUACCAUACGACCAGCGGACGAGCAGCAAUCCCCCAGUCCGGACAUGGAUAACUAUCGUGCCAUCAUGGAUAACAUUUCAGUGUACACGACAGCAUAAUGCAACAGCAGGCCUCAAAUGGUGGUGUAUCUUCUGGAUUACAACAAAAUGGAUCUAAGGCAGACUCUGGUGGACUUCAUGCCAAUGGCAGCUUGUUACCCGAAUCGGAUGGCGAUGUUAAUAAUGUGAACGGGGAAAUAAAUCAGAGUUUGGGACCUCCAAAAAUAAUGGACAAAACUAAUCAAGAUAUUGUGAGACUUAUUGGACAACAUUUAAAGACAGUUGGUUUAGAUCGUACAGCAGAUCUACUUAUGCAAGAAUCAGGCUGUCGACUAGAUCAUCCUGCUGCAGCAAAGUUUAGACAGCAUGUUAUGGAUGGUGAUUGGAAUAAAGCAGACCAUGAUCUCAAUGAACUGAAAUCCUUUUUGAAGAGUACACACCAGAGUUUAGUGGAGAUGAAGUUCUUACUACUAGAGCAAAAAUAUUUAGAAUAUUUGGAAGAAGGUAUGGUAUUUGAUGCGUUACAUGUAUUACGCAAUGAGCUUACACCUUUGGGCCAUAAUACUGGUCGUGUUCAUCAGUUAUCUUUAUUUAUGAUGUGCAGUGGACGAGAUGAAUUACAGACACGUGCAGGCUGGGAUGGCAAAGGGCCAGUCUCCAGGGCUGCGCUUAUGGACAGACUACAAAGGUACCUGCCACCUUCCAUUAUGUUACCACCACGCAGACUUCAUUCUUUACUUUGUCAAGCUGUGGAAAUGCAAAGUCAACUCUGCACGUAUCACAUAACACAUACGCAGCCGACGAGUUUAGAAAAUGUCUCUCUGCUUGUGGAUCACAAUUGUGGCAAGGAGCAAUUCCCGUGCCAUACCAUACAGAUACUCAAUGAUCAUUGUGACGAAGUUUGGUAUUGCAAAUUCUCACCCGACGGUCUUAAACUCGCCACAGGCUCUAAAGAUAUGACUGUAAUUAUAUGGGAUGUAGAUCCAGAAACACUAAAAGUAACACAUAGAAAAACACUCGAAGGCCAUACAUAUGGUGUAGCACUAAUUGCUUGGAGCCCGGACAGCAGCCAUCUAAUUGCUUGCGGUCCCGAGGAUUGUCCCGAAUUGUGGCUUUGGAACGUUGACACGCCCGAUUGUGAAUUACGUGUGAGAUUGACUCAAAGUACAGACGAUUCACUGACAGCUUGUGCCUGGCAUCGUGAUUCAAAUAAAUUUGUAGCAGGAGGUCUUCGUGGUCAAUUUUAUCAAUGCGAUAUGGAUGGCAAUGUUUCCGAUUCAUGGGAAGGAGUAAGAGUAAAAUGUCUAUGGUGUCGCAGUGAUGGAAAGACUGUUCUAGCUGCUGAUACACAUCAUAGAAUUCGGGGAUAUAAUUUCGACGAUUUAUGCGAUUUCACAAUGUUGCAAGAAGAUCAUCCUGUUAUGUCAUUUAGUGUAAACAAAGCGGAUCGACUUGCGUUACUAAAUGUGGCCAAUCAAGGUGUGCAUCUUUGGGAUUUACAAGAUAGAUGCCUCGUAAGACGUUUUCAGGGAGUCACUCAAGGACAUUUUACUAUUCAUAGCUGUUUCGGAGGGACUAAUCAAGAUUUUAUUGCAUCUGGCAGUGAAGAUACUAAAGUGUACAUCUGGCAUAUCAAGAGAGAACUACCUAUAGCAACACUCACAGGACAUUCUAGAACAGUUAAUUGUGUCUCCUGGAAUCCUGUUUAUCAUCAAAUGAUGGCUUCUGUGUCAGAUGAUUUUACAGUAAGGAUAUGGGGUCCAAGAUCAUCUUCCCUAGAUGGAGCUGAAAAUGAUAAGACUGUAUCACUAGAAACUAACUCUUCAAAUACGAGUGGAUGGCAUGAAAUGGUAUCGUAGCGAACUACAGAGCGCACCAGUGUUCCCAUGACCUCAUGGUGUUCAAAAGACUGUCAUAUUGACAUUUGACUAUCAUACUGUCCUGUUGAUUGUCAUAUUGACAUUUUACUGCCUUCUGCAGUUGCCCUCCAUACCUCUUUUGUCACUCUUACCUACCAUCCAUUGAAUAGAGGUAUUAGGAGAGAUGUAUAUGUUAGCAACAACUGCUAAACCGUCUGCAACUAUUAAAACCGAAACCAUCGAGUGUAAUUUUCACCUUUGUGCAUAUAUACUUUCUUUUUAAUAAUAUCUUUAUGUAUUUUGUAUGCAUAUGGUAUCCAUUGUGUUAUCUCAAUUAAAAUGUUGAGUGAUUUAAGCAUCAGAGUUAAUAAUCGAAGAUAUGAUGCAGCAUAAUAAAGUAGGUUAUAUGGCAGAAUAGAAAAUGAAGAAAAUUCCGUCUUAGGAUUGAUGUAUAAGGAUAAAACUAUAAGCAAGAACAUGGAACGCCUCUGUAUGAUAUUGGGACAGUAUCGUAGAAACGUUAUGUUUUGACAGGAAUUUUGUCAAAUUUGACUAUAAUUGUAUCAAUAAAUAUUGUAAAUAACAAUUUUGAA